AUGUUGAAGUGGAUGCCCAGAUUCAGAUUUGAGGAAGAUCCCCCAGUUGUGCCAAUAUGGGUUGCUCUUUAUGACCUUCCUAUCGAAUUCAUGCACCCGGAAGUGAUUUACUUGAUGGCUACAGCCCUUGGACAGCCCUUGAAAGUGGACACUUCGACAUUGAAUAUGACCCGUCCCUCGGUUGCUAGAUUCUGCGUGGAGGUGGAUCUUACCAAGGAUUUGCCAAAAUCUGUAAAGGUGGGCAAAAAGGGUUGUAAGAAUGAACAAAUUUUCACAUUCGAGCAUAUUCCAUCAUAUUGCUUGAAAUGUUGCAAAAUUGGUCAUAAGGACAUUGAUUGUAGAGUUGGUAAACCCACGGUGCGAAUGAAUGAGUCUGAAAAGAUUGAGGUUCCAGCCUUAAAGAAAAAGGGAAUCAAAAUCAAGUCGGCAAAGCCCAAAUGGCCAUUGAAAGGAGGAGAUCCUAAAAGUGGACUGGAAGCUCAAAUAGUUAGUUUAAAUCCCUUGGUGGUCAAAGGGGUGGAAAAGGAAUCAGCGAUGAUAACAGAGAUAGUGGAAAGGCAGCCUGUGGAAAAAACCCUAGCGGCGCGGCUUGGUGCGCACCCUACGGGUGAAACCCUAGUUGCGCAAGUCAUACCAAUCCUUGAGUCACGACAACUUGAAUCAACUUCUGGUCUAUCUGUGAUGGAAAAAGAAGCAAUCCCGGUUGAUUUGCAGCCAUCACCGGUUAGGACUGAAACUGUUUGUGUUGUUGCACAGACUCUUGUUCAAUCGGAAAAUCAAUUUUUGGUUCCCCAAGAUGCGGAGGAGGAUGACGUCGAAAAGGAGAUAGAAAAUGUCUUCUCUGAAGUUGAUACGCAAAGUCAGAAGAAACAAGAUGAUAUUGGUGCUACAUUGAUUGAUGGUGAGUUGGAUUUGGACAAGAAUAGAUCUUUACUUGAAGUUGAGUUGCGGAAUAUGUCCUUGGUUCCGCAACUGGAUCUCACUCGAUUUAAUGAUGAUUCAUCUGUGAAUGAAAUCCAUAAUACUGAGGCAGUUCAUGACGAGAGAGAGUUGUGGUCUGAUGGAGAGAUUCAUGAUGAUCACAUUGUUGAAAACGACCAAGGCGAGCGCACUGUCACCAAGAAGCGGGGACCCAAGUCAAAGGAAGAGCGAGCUAAGCAAUCGGAGGGUGUCGAAUUAAGGCACUCCCUUCGACAUCAGUAG